AUGGCACAUGGCCGAUUCAUCUCCUGCACUUCCCUCUUCAUCUCCUCCCUCUUUCUUGCCAAUUCCGCGCUCAUUUCAUCCCCUCCGCUCCUCGUCCCCUCCUGCAGAUCUCUCAAACCCGAUUCACUUUUGCUCUCAGCCAUGUGUAACUGCUUGACCAUAGCAUCCUUAUGUUCAGUCACCUCCUCCUUCCCUGCAUUCAACUCUCCCUUUGCUGCAUUCAACUCUCCCUUUGCUGCAUUCAACUCUCCUUUUGCUGCAUUCAACUCUCCCUUUGCUGCAGUCAACUCUCCCUUUGCUGCAAUCAACUCUCCUAUUUCUGCAAUCAACUCUCCCUUUGCUGCAUUAAAAUCUCCCUUUGCUGCAUUCAACUCUCCUUUUGCUGCAUUCAACUCUCCCUUUGCUGCAGUUAACUCUUCCUUUGCUGCAGUCAACUCUCCCUUUGCUGCAUUCAACUCUCCUUCUUCUGCAUUCAACUCUCCCUUUGCUGCAUUCAACUCUCCCUUUGCUGCAUUAAACUCUCCCUUUGCUGCAUUCAACUCUCCUUUUGCUGCAUUCAACUCUCCCUUUGCUGCAGUCAACUCUCCCUUUGCUGCAUUCAAAUCCCCUUUUGCUGCAUUCAAAUCCCCUUUUGCUGCAUUCAACUCUCCCUUUGUUGCAUUCAACUCUCCCUUUGCUGCAUUGAACUCUCCCUUUGCUGCAUUCAACUCUCCUUUUGCUGCAUUCAACUCUCCCAUUGCUGCAGUUAACUCUCCCUUUGCUGCAGUCAACUCUCCCUUUGCUGCAUUCAACUCUCCCUUUGCUGCAUUCAACUCUCCCAUUGCUGCAUUCAACUCUCCCCUGGCUGCAAUCAACUCUCCCUUCGUUGCAGUCAACUCUCCCUUCGCUGCUGCCAACUCUCCCUUCACUGCUGCCAACUCUCUCUCGCUCUUCUCCACCAAAGCAGCAGUCACCGCACUCCCCUCUUCCACAACACCCAGUGCACGCCUCAACGUGGUGGAUUUUUGCAAGGAUGUUGCGGGCGAGGAGAGUGCUGCUUGCCUCGUCCAGGCCAAGAAUCACUCACUCCACAAGAAGAGUCAUGAGGCGGCAGAGAGUGACACUCGCCACACCACACCUCUUUAA